AGUUUCGCGAGCGACGGCGAGAGCGAGCGAGCAGCGAGCACGUCACGUCGUACGCGCGGCGUACUUCACGGCGGUGUGCGGUGUGCGUGCGUGUCUUCGAUAAAUAAUGCGCGUUACCGUCGUCGUCCGUGGGCACAUCGCGACGACCGCUACGGGGACGACGACGACGACGACGGGGACGAUGACGGUUGCUUGAAGGAGGGGAAACGCCGACGGCGCUGGGGAAACCCCGGGUGGCGCGUUGUCCGACGGUGCUUCGCGUAUACGUAGCCCCUCGCGAGUGGCCUCGUUGACCCAAUUCCGACGAGCGAGGGCCUUUCCUUCGCGUCCGCGACCCUCUCGGCGAUUUUUUGUUUCUUCGGACACUUCGGAGUCGGUGGCCUCCCCCCUCCUCCUGCCCCUCAAGACGGACGACGACGAUGACGUCGACGUCGCGCUGGUAGCCCAAGUUUUACACCAAACUCGCCAGGCCAGAACUCGUGGAGCAAGGCUGGCUCGUCCGCGAGGAUGCCGUGGACACUCUUGGACUUUGAGAGAUAACCGUGCACAGGAAGAUUUAAGGUUAAGUCGACGAACGCGAGCUUGAUCCUGAACGUCCUCGUGGCGCGAUCUCGUUCGCAGGUAGAACCGCGAGCUCAACAGGCGACGGACAAUCGCGGGGGAGGUUAGUGAUUGUUAAUUGAUACAUGGAUGCUGCCGUUCGCAGCUUCCGCGUUUUCACUUUGGCACCGGGCGACGCGGGCGAGAUGAGAUAUGUCUGUACGAGUUCACGCGCGGGAACGUCCGAGGGACGACACGAUUGCACGAUUGUGAUAAAUCGCCAGCCUGCCGCCGGGAUCCGUACGUUCAUAUAUGGCAGUACGUGAGAGAGGCUUAACCCCGGAGCAAGAUGCCGCACGUCACGCGAAAAUGGGAACUCUUCCCGGGCAGGAAUCGCUUCUGUUGCGACGGCAGAGUGAUGAUGGCACCGCAGACCGGAGUGUUCUACGUCACCGUGUGCCUCAUCGUCGGGACAAGUGGAUUGUUUUUCGGUUUUGACUGUCCGUAUCUGGCACUACAUGUAACACCAGCAAUACCAGUAAUAGGAGCUUUAUUAUUUAUAUUCGUAAUGUCUGCUUUGUUCCGCACAAGCUUUAGCGAUCCCGGAGUAAUUCCAAGAGCAACACCUGACGAGGCAGCUUACAUCGAAAAACAAAUCGAAGUACCGAACAAUGAUAACUCCAAGACAUACAGACCCCCUCCUAGGACGAAAGAAGUCUUGAUCAGAGGGCAACCAGUAAAAUUAAAAUAUUGCUUUACAUGCAAGAUAUUUAGGCCGCCAAGAGCCUCUCACUGUAGUUUAUGCGACAAUUGCGUAGAGAGAUUUGAUCAUCACUGUCCAUGGGUGGGUAAUUGCGUGGGCAGAAGAAAUUAUAGAUAUUUUUAUGCUUUUAUAGUAUCCCUCGCAUUCCUUUGCGUUUUUAUAUUUAUAUGUGCAGUCACACAUAUGAUUAUGCUUACGAAAGAUAAUAAGCCGUUUUUAGAAGUUGUAAAACUAUCUCCAAGCAGCGUUAUCGUGGGAGUCAUAUGCUUCUUCUCUCUUUGGAGUAUCUUGGGCCUCGCUGGUUUUCACACGUAUUUAACUAGCAGCAAUCAAACGACUAACGAAGAUAUUAAAGGGUCGUUCACGAAUAGAAGAGGACAGGACAAUUUUAAUCCUUACAGUCAAGGAAAUAUCUGUGGGAAUUGUUUUUAUGUGUUAUGUGGACCAGCUCCACCUAGUUUAAUCGAUCGAAGGGGGAUAGUUACGCCUGAAUAUCGCGCGGAACACGAACGAGUUGGUGAUGAUAAUGUGAUUACUAAUAAUAAGACAUAUGGUACUGCCAAAAUUGUGCAGCCUCAGUCGAACGGUACGGCGGUUCAGACAAGCCCCAGCACGGAUCUCACGGGCUCGAUGAACAAUUUGAUCAGCGGUCAACAUUCUCCAAGAAUAGAGUCAAUGAACGGUGAGUUGACCCUCUUGAGACAUCCUACACGUUGUCCCGAGGACCUACCAAAAUAUCCGCGGCAAUACAUAAACGAUACUUACGUGCCGCCGUAUCCGGCGCAGCAUUGCCCCGAGGAUUCUAUGAAACAUAUUAAUUACACCGAGGUAGAUCGGUUAAAUCCGGACUUUCAGAAAUAUCCGUGUAAAUGCGAGGACGGCUUGCACAAGUAUCCUCAUAGGUGUAGGGAGGAAUAUCAUAGGUGCUCGGAUAAUAAUCUUAUAUACGACCAGUGCAUAGGGGAUCAGAAAUACGGCAUUGAUCUUCAGAAAUAUCCUCAAAGAUACUCCGAGGAUCCCUUGCGUUACAGGAUAAGCGAGAAAAACGGUUAUACCGAUCUGCAAAAGUUCCCCCAGUGCUAUUCCGAAGAUCCAUUACGGCUCUCGCAGUCGCCGCAUAUGCUUAAAUAUAACAAUUUGAGAUGUGCCGAACACAGCUUAAAAUAUCCGAUAACGAAGAACAUUCUGCCGGCGCGUAUAUUAGGCACGGGUGGCAUACCGAUUAUCGGGCAGACCGCGAUUGGCCUCGUGGUAAACAGAUUCGGUUCCGGACCGCUAGCUAAUAAUUUAUCGUACGCGGAGAAUUCGUUAUGCCCGAGCGAUAGUACGGAAGAGGAUCUCUUGAAUCGUCGCUUCAUUAUGAGUAGUACCACAAACAGUAUAAGUCAACUUGUUACCAACGAAAUACCGCUAGCGUCUCUCAAUAUAGCACCAAUUGAUAUCGACGAAAUCGCACCGCUGCCUUCUCGUCAGAGUGUCGUGGUCUCUUCCGCUCUGGAUACAUCUUCCAUACCAACAGUAACUGUAACGACCCCUUUAUCUGCAUCUAGACUUAGACUAUUGCAGGACACGACGAUGAUAGAGUCCGCCUUAGACUUGGAUUCGUUGGAAGAUGCGAGCGUCGGUAGAGGAAGCCAGUCGGGGCUUAUAAAAAUGGGCGUAGUAUAAAGUUUCCGGCUGCAAGCCGUACAGAUUACGAAUGAUCGAUUUCUGUCCGAGGACUAGUGCAGUUUCAACGUUACGUAUUGAAAUAAGGAACGCAAUUUGCAUUUUCAUCGAGAAGCGUUCACGCAUAUGAUAAUUAAGUGCAAAUGUUAAUUGUUGUCAUUAAUUGCAACGGGAUAGAUAUUUACAACGUUAUACUUUUUCUUGGGAGAAAAAGUGAUUUCGAGAAAUUUAUAAAAUUAGAAAAUUAAGUCACAAACAAAAUGGCCGAAUUCACAUUGCUAUGAUUAAAGUACAAAUAUGAUUAUUUUGAUAAUUAAAUUUGUAUAAUUGCAUAAUUGUGUUGCAAUAAUGUGUAUUUAAAUCGUAAUUCCGUAUGACUACUAUUUAUUAUAUCAUAUUCGCACAUUGAACUAUAAUAAUCAUAUGCCAGAAAGGUGUCGAUGAUAUAUUCCAUUUUUCCAAAUAAUUCUGCGUUAAAAUGUAGAAUCGUCAUUGAGAAUGUAGAAUCCGCCUAGGAGGUUUUAGAAAAAUUUUUGAAAAGUAUUAUUAACGAGUUAAUUAAUUUAUUAUAUACGUUAGAUUAUUCACGCAAUUCUAUAAAGUACUCAAGAUUCUAUAAAAAACAAAAUAAUGUUUGCUCGAAAGAAGAUAUUAUAGUGAUAUAAAAAAAAAAUCAUGCUACUUAAUUUCGUUUAUGCAAAUUUAUAUGUAUAAGUUACGUCACACAUAAGAAGAUUUAUUUUUUCAACUUAUGGCACCUCUAAUUGUUAGAAAUACAUACAUUUUGCAUUAUUUUAUAUGUAUAUAUAUACGAUAUUAUAAAAACUCUAAUGAUUUUGCAAUAGAUGUAAAAAGUCGAUAGCUACGUGUGUACAAACCAUAUUUCUGGCACUUGUUCGUGCUUAUACUCAAUGAGAGAAAAAGAAUCAAAGUUGCACUAUAGAGACUGGAAUAAAUAUGUUUUAACGGGAUGAAAGUAAGAAUGAAGGAAAAGAGGAACGUUGCUUUCAGUACGAUAUUUAUUGCAGAAAAAUGUUAAGAACUACGAUAUU